AUGCAGUCCGCGCUGAUCGCCGCCGAGGUCGCCGUCGAGGUGCAGGAGUGGCCGGCCGGGAAGCGCUCCUUCCACCCCGAGAUGCUCGCGGGGUGCCCGCGCGCCACGGCUGCGGACUGGCAGGCCGUGGCGCCGGACGAGAGGAAGCGGCGAAGGCUGGAAGACCUGCGGAGGUGGAGGGCCAGGCGGGACUUCCAGAAGUUCCUGCGGUCGCCGCUCCUGCCCGAGCGGGAGGUUGUAUUUGGCGCACUGUUCUUCAAGACGCUCUAUUUUCUUGCGGAGAGGCAUGGCUACACCGACAAGUCCCACAAGGCUCUCCACAUAUUAACCUUCCGCCGCUUCCUCAUGAGGCGCCCCUUGUUUCGAUUAUACUCGUGCCCGCUGUUGGUUUCAUUCCCCUAG